AUGAGCGUCAUUCGUUCUUCGCGAUCCGUUGCUAGUCGUCAAAAUAUUUAUUCUGGAACCAAGGAAAAGGGUGUGAUCAUGUCUUUCAGGUGUAGUCGUUGUUUUGAAAAGAAUCUGGAGUGUCGAGUGCUUCCGAAUGCCACUCGUUAUGGAGAAUGCGUAAAGAGUGUGGGUAGCGGCCGUUGCGAUGUAUAUGGUCAUUCCGCAGGCGAUUGGUCUCGUGUGUCUUCUGAGGAAGAUAGGUUGCGUCGUGAAGAAGAGGCAGCCGUGCAGGUUUCUCAAGAAGCUGUGGCUAAGAUUCUUCGUUUGCGGAAACAACAAAGGGUUCUUCGUGAAAAGGCAGGGAAGAUGCUUCAACAUGAUCUUCGUACGAUCGAGGCUUUGGAGGAGUUUGAAGCGGAGGAAGAGAGAUUGGAGAAAGAGCGUAUAGAGAGAGAGAAGUCGAAUCCGGGGUCGUCGGCGCCUGCCGAUGCUAAUUCAGGCGUUUUGGAUACUUUCGACCCUUCCUCUUAG